GCAGUUUCUCUUCCAGGCCUCCCAGUGCUGGUGGGUGAUUCAUCUGGGUGGCCAGCGCUGCUCGCCCUGGUUUUGGCUGUGGAAAUCUCCUUUGUCAGGUCCAACAUAUUUAUGGAUGAAGCACGAAGUCGGCUAUUAGUGAAAGAGAAGAGAAUGCGAUUUGGGUCAGAGGUGCUGAUGAAUGGCCAAGAGAAGAAGGCCAAUAGGAACCUCAUGGCCAUCAAAAAGAGGGAGAUCAUGGAGGCCAUGGAGACCCACCAGUUUCCGCCCAGUAUGCACUUCUUCAAGGCCAAGCAUCUCAUUGAGGACAGCCGGGUGUUUCAUGUAAUAAAGAAGAUGCCUAAAGGGGCUGCCUUACACCUCCAUGAAUUUGGCAUGGUGAGUAUGGAAUGGCUGGUAAAAAACGUCACCUACAGGCCUCACUGCUAUUUCUGUAUCACCCCAGAGGGGAUUCUGCAGUUCAGAUUUGCUCAGUCAGCUCCCCAAAACCUUAAGGCAAGAGAAUGUUCAAACUGGGUUUUGCUGGAGGAUCACAGAAAAAAGCUAAAGGACACCGUUGAGUUUGAUAAAAGCUUGCUGAGGGCUUUCACUAUGGUGACCAAGAACCCCGAGAAGAUUUAUCCCAAUGAAGAUUCCCUUCGGACAAAGUUUCAAAACAUCUUUCUCUCCAUCUCUGGCCUUGUCUGUCAUGCUCCAGUGUUCAAGGAUUAUAUCUUCCAGGGGCUGAAGGAGUUCCACGCGGAUAAUGUGUUCUUCUUGGAGAUCAGAACCAUGUUAUGGCCGGUAUAUGAACUGAAUGGGGAGAUCCACGACCAGUUGUGGGUAGUGAGGGCUUACCAAGAAGUAGCUGACGAGUUUAAAAGGACUCAUCCUGAAUUUAUGGGAUUCAGACUCAUUUUUUCGGAUUACAGGACCAAAAGCUUGGCUCUCAUUGCACAUUCUGUCCGAACUGCCAUCAGACUUCGAGAAGUAUUCCCUGACAUCAUAGCAGGGUUUAACCUGGUGGGGCGUGAAGACACCGGCUACAGUUUAUAUCACUACAAGGAGGCUCUGAUGAUUCCAGUCACAUAUGGUGUUCAACUACCUUACUUCUUCCACGCUGGGGAGACAGACUGGUAUGGUACUUCCAUAGACAGAAACCUUAUAGAUGCUGUAAUUCUGAAUGCUACCAGAAUUGGACAUGGAUUUGCAUAGACCAAACACCCAGUAGUCAAGGCUUAUACUCAGAACAAGGACAUCCCCCUAGAAGUGUGUCCCAUCUCCAACCAGGUCAUGAAACUCGUGUCUGAUAUGAGAAACCACCCAGCAGCUGCUCUGAUGACCUACGGGCAUCCCAUGGUGAUCAACUCUGAUGACCCAGCUGUCUUUGGUGCUAAAGGCUUGUCCUAUGAUUUCUAUGAGGCCUUCAUGGGCAUCGGGGGGAAGAGGGCUGACCUGAGGACACUCAAAAAGCUGGUGACAAACUCUAUCAAGUAUAGCUCCAUGUCAAAGACACAGAAGGACCUUUUUAUGAAAGUCUGGAAGCUCAAAUGGAAUCAGUUCAUUGAUUAUCUGGCCAGGAGGCCAAGGUGAAGAGAAGACGGCCACUUAUCAUCUCUGCCUCCCUCCACCGGCUUCUUCACCUUCUUUCAAUGAUUCUUGAACCCACUCCAGGAGAGCCUCCCCCUUUAUUUCACAGCAAAACUGAUCUUGUGAAGGUCAUUGCUGGCCUGAUUUUGCUUGAUUAGAAACACUUGACCAGAUGUCCAGAUUCAUAUUUUUCAGAUAUUCUUUUAAUCACAGUGACAUCAGCUCUCUUGUUUUUGUCCUCUCUGCUGGCCAUUGCUCCGGGUUUCCUUUUCCAAAGUCUCUUCUCUAUAUGGUUGGAUUUCAGGACUCAAUCCGGGUCUAUUCUUCUAAUCCUAAUUGUGUGACCUUAAUUCCUGCCUUUCUUUUUUCCCCCCCUCUCCUCCCUCUGAAUUCAUUUCUAGCUAGUCUCAUCUAUUCCUUUGAUUUUUAAAUACCAUGGAUUUGCUGAUAAUUCCAGAAUUCAUCGAUUCACUUGGAAAGCUCACUAGGAUCUCAGAAGCCUAUCAUGUGCCAUGCUGAACUCUCAACCUUCUGGACCCUUUUUGAAUUCUUUCCCUUGUCUUUCUGACCUUGGUAAAUGGUAUUUCCACCUAUUCUCCCCAGUUGCUCAAAGCAGAAAUUUUCAGGGAAAUUCUUGAUCCUGCUCUCUUUCCCACUUCCCACAUCCAAAUGUAUCUCUAAUCCAUCUGUGUCUUUUCUCCGUUAGCUGAGUCCAGCCACUAUUACCCCCUUGCCUGAGGUUUCACAAUAGCCUCCCAAUUGAUCCCCCUUUUGUUACCAGCAGCCUAGCUCAGGGGACCCUGCCUGGAUCCUGGCUGGCUGGUUUCUGCCACUCUCCCACAUAAUAGGCAAAGGUUGGGAAAAAGAAAAGUAAACCUUAUGUAGUUUGAGCAAACUGGGAAGAAGCAGCUAGCUUGCUUUGUGCCAUUAGGUAACGCUUUUCUUCACUUUGUGCUUUCUGAUUCAUUUUUCACAGUUUAAUUUUUUUUAACUGUUAAAAAAUUAAAAUAAAUCAGGAUACUUUGUUGUUUACAACCCAGUGCACCGAGAAUAAAACCCAAAUGUUGCAGCAAGGCACAGAGCAUCCUGUCUAAUCUGGAUCCCUUCCAGCAUCAUCCUACCCAGAAACCCCUAGUACACCAGAAUCAGGCCACACUGGUCCUUUGUUCCCCAAGUGUCCCAAGCUGUACCCCCUGCCAGGGCUUUUUCUUAUUCUCUCUGCUUGGAACAUGCUCUUUCCAUUCUUGUCUAAUUCACUCCUGUUUACCCUUCAAGUUUCAGGCUCAUGUCACUGUCUCAGGAGGUUUUCUCAGUCCCCUCAACUGUUAUUCUGCCUUGAGGUACUUUGCUCUUUUCCAUCACAAUUCCUGCCACCAUUUGUAAUUGCAUAUUUAUUUGUUUACAGUCUCACCUCACCAGGCUGUAAGCUCUAUGUGAGCAGGCACUGAUGACUGUUUCUCACAAGCUACACAUACUCAGAGCAAGCUUAUUUAUGUUUCCAAACCUAGUUAGUAGGUUAGCACUUAAUAAAGGUUGUGUUGAAUGCACAGGGGCA